AUGUCUGGACAUUUCAAAGAUAACAUAAAUCAAGAAAGUACUCAUGCUAUGGUUCCAGCUCAUGGUAAUACUUUGGGUUCUCUCGAGCCGAAAGGAUCCUACGCCAGUGAUAAUGACUAUUCUAAUGAUACAAGACUUCUCCUAAAUAUGGACAGUAAAUCCGAAACAUCAGAUACACCCACUUUCAUUCAAGUAGGUAGUGUAUUGGCCUCUAUCUUCUCUACUAUAUGCACUAUUAUGUUCUUAGGUAUGUGUAUCUUCUUUAUUUACAGUUACAGUACAACUCCAGGCCACCCCAAUCUCUCUCGAUGUAUCUUCUUGGUCUUCAGUGCUUUCCUUACUUACAUUCUCCUCCGGUGCAACAGAUCUACCAGCCGAUUCACUUUAAAUGCUACCUUCUUGGAAAAAGUCGCUGCUUUCAUCUUAGAAUUCACUCUAGCCGUAGUUCUAUCCUUCUUAGCCUACUCCUUGCAAAUUCCAGCACCAACCGAUACUACUCCCAUCCACCCCACCACCCAAAUCAUCGCCAUAACUAUCUUCACUAUUUUCUUCCUUACCACUCUCAUUCAUUCGUCUAUCAAUUUCUAUAACAUCCGAAAGGCCAAAGCUUCCAUCAAACCCCUUCUUAUCCUCCUAUCUCUUUUCUUCCUCCUAUCAAUUGUUUUCGUCUUCAUCAUUUUCUGGGACUUCACUACCCCUAAUGCCAUCAAUAACUUCUGCAAUUCCAUCAACUUCUAA